AUGAGGGGCGAGUGGCCGACAGAGGUUUCGCGUGAUAACUUCAUGCAGGGGCAAUCAUCCGCCCCAGGUAUGGAGGGUCCCGCUGGGAUCGAUGUCCCCGAGUAUCGCACCCUGCCCAUACAGACUUGUCCGCAUGGGUCGCCCGCGCACUACGUCAGCGGUGAGGAGCUCGAAGCACUCGUUCAGAGCCUUGACGCUGGCAGUGCGAAGCAUGGCCGACAAACCGUGAUUGCCAGGCGGUUAGCUGUAAUUGGACAGCGGCUGCUCGCCGCGCGACGCAACGAGGCUAGCACGGGCAUUGGCCCUGCAAGCGGGCAUGACGAAGUCUCAACCGAAGCGGACUCCGGUGAGAGCAAAAAUAAGGAUAUGGUCACAGUGGACGGUGACUACAUCACAAGCUUGGACCUGUUAGCCGACCCGGGAGCGAAGUACGUGACCGAGUAUGAGCAGUUCCAUCAAACCGGACUGGUCGGGCAGUUUGGUCCGACCCAGGGCGCUGUACAGCAAUGGCUCUUUCAAAACAGUCAAGCCAGCUGGCAGACCACUUGGCAUCAAGCCCUGCCCGACUGGGCCCACGGCGCUUUCUCGCUGGUACGGCAGUGGGAGAAGAAUAGGGAAGUCGCGAGUCUGGGGGAGCCCGCUCCCAAAAGGAGGAACAUGGGGUGGAAGCUGCGACAAGCAGAGGCCAUACUUGGUAGGAGUCAGGCAACCAUCUUGGCGGAACUUUACCAUUUGACCUGCUGCGGGUACGUGGCCAUCUCUUGCCCGACACCGUUUAGCCGUUGUUGCGAUUCGUUCUCAGGCCUCACGACCUCAACCGUUAUGACAGACCAUAUCCGCAGCGAGGACCAUGGUGAAGGUUGGCUCGCCACACAACUGCUGGCGACUAACUACUACCGGUUCGUUUCCUGUGCCGUACGCGCCAGUGAGAAUGACCUAGGGGCCAUCGCUUGGGCCAGUUCUGCAAUAGCUGAGAGCAGGCCGGACAUAAAACCUGCAAGAUGUGACUUAAAUGCCCUCCUCACGGCUAGACAGGUCUGUGCAGGCAUGCCCGCUAUGACGGCCCAUGUGAUGCAACGGGCGGGAAUUGAGGGCUCAAAGGUCAGGGACGUGUUCGCCAGGAACAUGCGAUGCCAGAUCGCGGUCAACGACAUAUACGACACCCUUACCGACAUCGACGCGCUUGAGGGAGCCAAUUCAGCCCUCUAUUUGUAUGCGGCCGGGACAGGAUAUAGUGUCGUUGACCUGGCACUGCGUGUGAGGGGCGAUCUCGUCGUGGCUGCUGAACACUAUCUGUCAGAGGGAUCUGUCAGCGGAUUGCGCGCGGCCUUAUUCAACGUGCUGUUCUUUGAGGGGAGCCCAAGGUACUAUUACCGCGAGGUGGUAAACACGCGGGGCCGACUGUCCACGGGUGAUCAGUACGUGAAAACGACUAGCACGGGCAUUGAUGGCUGGCUGGAGCCAACAAACAAGUCGGUGGGAUACUUGAAUGUACUCAACGACGCUCUCAAGGCCCUGGGAGGACCUUUGGGCUCGUACGAGAAUUCACCACCCUCUCAGGCGAGAGCUACGACGUUGUUGUUGUCGCUCGCGCCGGUUUUCUCGGGGACGUGCCCGAAUCCGCGGGAAGCUGAACUCAGCUGCACGAGGUACUUGCUGGAUUAUCAGGUUCAGGCGGUGAAGGCAGGCAAGGACAUACUCGCGUAUGCGGACUAUGUACACAGCUUACUUGCGCCUGUAGCGGCCAAGUACGAUCCACAGCCGGCUAUGUGCAGCUAA